CAAAACAAUAUCUUCUCCAUUCGAUCAGAACCAAAGGCGAUCUCCUCGGCAGAUCUAAUCCGCCACCGUAAAUCCAUCCUCGAUCUUGCUCCGACGUCGACGAGUUGGAACGAUGCACGACUUCUGUUUCACGAUCCCUAUGGGCUCCUGGUCCUCGUUGUCGGUAUCGUCGGCUAUUUGCGACGGGGUAGCACGGCGUCGCUCGCCGGCGGAGCGGGCUCCGGACUCGUCCUUCUCCUCGCCGAAUUCAUUAGCCUUAAGGCUUUCGAGAAGCGGCGGAACUCCUACUUCGCCUUGGGCCUCGAGACUGAAAGGCGCUUCUCCUUACUUUGGAUGCAUUGUUGGGCGGGUAGCAAACAGAAUUAAAGAAGGAAAGUUUACUCUCAACGGCGUUGAACAUUCCUUGUUUAUCAACAAUGGACCGAACAGCCUUCAUGGUGGGAAGACAGGUUUUGAUAAGGUGCUAUGGGAGGUUGCUGAAUAUAACAAGAAUAAUCAGUUCCCUUCAAUCACCUUGAAGUAUCACAGCAAGGAUGGUGAGGAAGGUUACCCUGGAGAUCUCUCUGUCACUGCCAAGUACUCCCUCCCUUCGAGCACAUCGCUGAAGCUUGAAAUGGAAGCUGUUCCUGCUAGCAAAGCCACUCCUGUCAGUCUUGCUCAACACACUUACUGGAAUCUUGCCGGGCACAACUCUGGCAAUGUCCUUGAUCACUCGAUCCAGAUAUGGGGAUCUCAUAUCACUCCCGUCGAUGACAACCAAAUCCCUACCGGCAAUAUCAAACCAGUCAGUGGCACCCCCUUCGAUUUCACAGCAGAAACCGAGAUAGGCAGCAGAAUCCUUGAAGUACCUGGCGGUUAUGAUCACAACUACAAACUGGACCAUGGAGAAGAGAAAUCUGGCUUGAAGCACGCAGCUAGAGUGAAGGAUCCUUCGAGCAUGAGGGUGCUUGACUUGUGGACCGAUGCGCCUGGCAUGCAGUUCUACACCGGCAACUUUCUCGACGGUGUUGUGGGAAAGGGUGGGGCAGUGUAUGGCAAGCAAGCAGGACUGUGCCUGGAGACGCAGGGGUUCCCGAAUGCCAUCAACCAACUGAAUUUUCCAUCUGUUGUGGUGCAACCCGGAGAGAAGUACAAGCACACCAUGGUGUUUGAGUUUUCGAGCAACUGAGCUCUUCUUCCAUGUUUGUAUUCAUCUGUUCUUCUCUUUUGUUGCAGUCUAACUUGGGGAAUAAACUGUAUAAAACAUGAGGUAUUAAUUCCAUUGCCUCAUAUGUUUCUAGAUUAAGCAAGGUAAUUAGAACUACUUUCAUUUCAUAUAACUAUAUCAGUUCUUUGAUUGUAUUCUUCUCAGAACAAUGAGU